AUGUUGCAGCUGGGAAAGUCAAAAAACACAACGCUUGACGAGUGGUUUCGUUUGGAACCCGUCACCGGGCCUGACGCACAUGCACGGCUUCGACUGUUGUUGCACCUACGUCGCGAUGGUGCAGGAGACCGGGCAGCACCCCCACAGUGCUUCCAACAGCUUUGCCGAGAGCUGCUUCCUGACACCUCCAAGGAUCAUCGGCACGCUCUGGCCGCGGCAGGAGUCUCCGAUUGCCAUGAAGUUGACGAUUUGCGAUCUCUGGCCUCCGAGCUGGAGGCGUUGCAGAGGCUGUGUCUCUCCUUCACAAGAGCAGCGCAGCCCGAGACGCCGCAGCCACCGCGAGGCCCAGAACCAGUCGAUGAGCCCCUGUCACCUCUCAAGGAUGCCGAGCCGACAAUUUACGAUGAAGCACGAGCACAGCUGCUUGCACAGAAGGAGGCUCUCGAGCGGGAGCGGUCAGAAUUGAACAGCCACUGGUCAGCCCUGCAGGCCGACCAGUCCACCAAACAGGAGGUGCUGGCAGAGAUGCGAGCAGAGCGCCUUUCAAUCUUCUCCAGUGUAGAGGAGCUGCAGGCAGAGGUUGAAGAUGCUACCGCAGAGCUGAAAGAGGCGCAGGCAGUAUCUUCAAGUCGCUUGGCGGUGCGACGCCAGCUGCAGGCCGAGCUGAAUGCUUGCCUUUGGCUCAGAGAAACCUAA